AUGGAAGUAGACGGAGAGGAAGGCCCCCGUGAUGAGGGGGGCCCCCCAUCUGCAGUUACGCAGUUGCCGCGGUCCAGUGGAAAGCCAGCCUCUUUUUUCGUGUCCAAGGCAGAGGAAUGUCUGUCUUCGUUUCCCCCUAACUUAAAGCUGGCCGUCAUGUUUCUCGAAAAGGGGCCUUCUUCGGGACCCGUGAAAUAUCUGCAGAUGGCGCAGCUUGAAGACGGGUCUGCUUGUCUGCCUUUAUACCGCACAGCCAUUUCGAUGUUGGAGUCGUCUUUGGCUUCUGUGCAAUCUUCUUCAGCAGCUUUUUACCUGUCUAGCAAGAAGGCAGCAGCCUCUGCACGAAGAGCAGCAGCAGCAGCAAAAGCAGCAGAAGAACAGCAGCUCAAGGUCGACUUGACGCGUGCCUACUGCUCCGUUGCAGAGCUGUACCUCACAGACCUCUGCGAUGCGGCAGAAGCAGAACAGGAAGCAACAGCGGCUAUUCAGAAGGCGCUUCAGCUUAUUCCCGACAGCCCGGAUGCUCUUCUCUGCGACGCACAGAUGAAGAAAGUCAAGGAUGAUGCUGAGGGCGCGGUGAGUGCAGCAGAGAGUCUGUACACCUCACUGAAACGGCUGCGGGAGAAGGCAUUGGCUCAGGCGAGGUUAGACCCAGCUUCUUUUGAUUUAAGUGCAGCAGAAGAUGAAGAAGAGCCUGAUCUCCCUUCAUUAGAGACCCGCGUUAAUGCUGCACGACUAUUUAUUGAUGUAGGAAUGCUGCAGCAGGCCCUCGAAGUCUUAAAGACGUGCCUAGAGGAAAACGAUGAGGAUCCGCAGGUCUGGCUGGUGCUUUGCUGCGCGUUGUUUAAAACUCAAGAUUUUGAUGAGUGUCUCAGCGCCUUAGAUGAGCUCCGAGAGCGGCUGGAGCGUUACGGCAUCUCAAAGGAUGAUGCGAUGGCAGUGCACGAGCAGCAGCUUCGCGAGUUAGCCCAGAAGGGCCUUAACGAGCAGCAGCAGCAAAACAAGCAGCAGCAGCAAGAGCAGCAGCAGCAGGAGGGUAGCUCCUCCAGCUUCUCGUCAGACGAUGAAGGCUAA